CCCAAGGACGCAGAGAGAGAGGAGUCCGCGACUCUGAAUUAAUGUCCGCGGUCCGCGACUGGAAAAGAGAAGUGUGGAGACCAUAUGGCCCUGGGAAUAAGGAAUUAUAUACGUUUAUAACUCCACCAAAUGGAAUUAUUAUAAUGGAUGAACGUUAUAGGGAAUAUAGCCUUCAUUGGGAUUGGAAGGAGAUCUGCAAUACGCUUUCAUGAAUCAUUUUGGAACCACAAGGUAACAUCUUGUUGGGUGAGAACCAGGCAGGAAGGAGUGGUCUCAGACCAAAAGCAGCAACAGUCAUGGUUUGGAGAGCAGGCCUUCUGCUCAGCAUACUGCUAGCUACAGCCACACACACCCUGUCUGCCAGCUUCCCAGAGGACAGUAUACCCCUGGACAUUGUCGAUGCACACUUCUCGCGGCAGUACCCAGUAUUCCGAGGUCGUCCAUCGGGGAACGAGUCACAGCACAGACUGGACUUCCAACUGAUGACCAAGAUACAGGAUACGCUGUUCAUCGCUGGCAGAGACCAGGUGUAUCUUGUGAGUCUCCGAGAAUCCUACAGGAAUGAGAUCAUUCCCUACAGGAAGUUAACAUGGAGGUCAGGCGAGGCAGACAGAAAGAACUGUGCCAUGAAGGGGAAACACAGAGAUGAGUGUCAUAACUACAUCAAGGUUCUGGUUCCCAGAAAUGAUGACCUGGUGUUCAUCUGUGGAACAAACGGCUUCAACCCCAUGUGCCGUUACUACAGGCUGGAUAACCUGGAGUUUGACGGGGAGGAAAUCAGCGGACUGGCACGAUGCCCGUUUGACGCCAAGCAGACCAACGUCGCUCUGUUCGCUGACGGGAAGCUGUACUCGGCGACGGUUGCUGACUUCCUGGCGAGCGACGCAGUGAUCUACCGUAGUAUGGGUGACGGCUCGGCCCUCAGGACUAUCAAAUACGACUCCAAAUGGCUGAAAGAGCCCCAUUUCCUGCAUGCAGUGGAUUAUGGGAACUAUGUCUACUUCUUCUACAGAGAGAUCGCAGCAGAACACAACAACUUGGGCAAGGCCGUCUACUCCAGAGUGGCUCGUAUCUGUAAGAACGACGUAGGCGGGUCCCAGCGUGUGUUGGAGAAACACUGGACGUCCUUCGUCAAGGCCAGACUCAACUGUUCUGUUCCUGGAGAAUCGUUCUUCUACUUCGAUGUUCUACAGUCCAUCACUGACAUCAUCAACAUCAACGGAGUUCCUUCUGUGGUGGGAGUCUUCACUACACAGAUGAACAGUAUCCCAGGGUCUGCAGUGUGUGCGUUCUCCAUGGAUGACAUAGAGAAGGUGUUCAGAGGACGAUUUAAAGAACAGAAAACACCUGACUCUGUCUGGACCGCCUUCCCAGAGGAGAGACUGCCCAAACCCAGGCCAGGCUGCUGUUCGGGUCAUGGCCAGGCUGAGUCCUAUAAGACCUCUAUAGAGUUCCCUGAUGAGACCCUCCUCUUCAUCAAGUCUCACCCCCUCAUGGACGCCUCCGUGCCUAACAUAGGAGACGAGCCCUGGUUCACCAAGACACGCGUCAGGUACAGGCUGACAGCCUUGGCGGUGGACAACGCGGCUGGUCCACAUGGUAACUACACGGUGCUGUUCAUUGGUUCAGAGGCGGGCGUGGUGCUGAAGGUUCUAGCCAAGACUUCCCCUCUGUCCCUAAACGACAGCAUCCUAUUGGAGGAGAUCGACCUGUUCAACAGAGCCAAGUGUCUGUCUAACAAUGAGGAUGACAGGCAUAUUUUGUCGCUCCAUGUUGACAGAGACACACACAGUGUGUAUGUAGCUUUCUCUAGCUGUGUGGUUCGCAUGCCUCUCAGCCGCUGUGAGCGACACACUAACUGCCACAAGUCUUGUAUAGCGUCCAGGGACCCCUACUGUGGCUGGAUGCCUCAUGGAGCCUGUGAGAGGAUCCUGCCUGGAGUUCUGUCUGGUUAUGAGCAGGAUGUAGAGUUUGGGAACACGGUUCAGCUGGGAGACUGCCAUGUGUUUUUGGCCACUACAUCAGCGACAGAUUACAAAUCAUUUGGUGACCCGACCUCUGACAUGGAGUUGUCAUCUACGUCAUUCACAGACCAGCCCAGUGGGCCCAUACACCCCCCAGUACCCCCAGUACUCACCCCCACCCUGAGCCCCCAUCCUGGGCUUGGUCCCGGGGAAAGGCCUGGGUUGGGGCCUGGGGCUGGUUCUCCAGACCUGUAUGGCUCAGGGUUUGUGCAGCAGGAUGACCCGGCCACCUCCCAUUCACUAGAGUCACUCCCAGGGGGCCUAGAGGGUGUGUGGGAGAUCCAGGCGGGAGAAGCCAAUCAGAUGGUCCACAUGAAUAUCCUGAUCAGCUGUGUGUUGGCUGCCUUCCUCCUGGGGGCGCUAGUGGCAGGCCUGGUGGUGUUCUGCUAUAGAGACUCCUUCCUCCGCCACAAGCCCCAGCACGCCCACAAAGAUGCAGAGUCAGCCCCCUCCUGCAGCGACUCCACCGGAUCCUUCACUAAGCUUAACGGGCUCUUCGACAGUCCUGUCAAGGAGUACCAGCCAAGUCUGGACUGUCCCAAGCUGUACACCAACUUACUGAGCAGUGGUAAGGACCUGACACCUAACGGAGACACCAAGACCAUGAUCCUCCGGGACGGCUGUCAGCCUCCCGAGCUGGCCGCCCUGCCCACCCCCGAGUCUACCCCUGUGCUGCAGCAGAAAGUCCUGCAGCCAAUCAGGAACCAGUGGGAGCGAGCCAAUCACCACGGGAAGAUCAACGGAUCCAGGAAGAACUCCAACUCUACCUCCUCCUCCUCCAUCGCCAAGAAUCCCCAGUUCCACCCGAGUUCCCCCCCCCCUCCUCACCCCCAGCCCCACCCUGCGCUGGGACACUCCCACAUCCCCAGCGCCGUCGUCCUUCCCAACGCCACGCACGAAUACCGCAGUGGUUACCAUGGAAACCCGGCCGACGACAUCACGCCGCCGCGCACCCUGGACAGGAAGCCAGAGAACAUGGAACACCUGCAGGCCACGCCCCCUCAUUCUAAAGGAAGCAGAAAGGAGCAGAAGAGGUCGCUGGAUGCCAGGAACACACUGAACGACCUGCUGAAGCACCUGAACGAUGCUAACACGGCUAACGCUAGCUCCAAGGCUAUCCUCCAAGAGGGGGCCGGCUCAGCGCCUCGACCCAGCAGACAACACCUGAUGCUGGAGCCUCUAGGGGACAUCACUGAGGUUCCCCCAAAGGUCCCCAGCCGAGAGGCCUCUCUUUACUCCCCCUCCUCCUCCUCCUCCCUGCCCAGGCACAGCCCCACCAAGAGGGUUGACGUCCCCCUGCCCUCCACCCCUAGCUCCCCCACAGGCAGCCUGGGUAUGGGAGGAAGCAUGAGCGGCACCCUGGAGAGGAGGUACGGCUCUCAUCACAGGAGCUCUUCUCACAGACACUCCCUCACAGCCACCUCUCCCAACGGAGUCAGUAUGGGGGUGUCGUUGUCCCACCAACACAGUAUGAACAGAGGGGGGUACAUGCCCCCCACCCCUCCCUCCAGACUGGACUCCCAGAGGGGGCUCCACUCCCCCCAUCAACACCCCCACCCCCCCUCCCUGUCCCGCCAGAGCAGCUACAGUGGGCACGGCUCGCUCCCCCGCCAGGGACUUAAACGGACCCCGUCCCUAAAGCCUGACGUCCCCCCUAAACCCAACGCCUUCACCCCACAGACUCCUCAGAUGAGGGUGGUCAACAAGUACAGCUACUAGGACACUAUAGACACUAUGGAGUGUACUACCAAGUGUACUAACUGGGACAGGGCAGGGGCACUACUGAAUGUGCUCUAGAGCCAGACUGGUUAUGAGAAGGCUUAGGGAGGGAGUAGGACCAUGUGUGUGUCAUGGUGUGUCCCCAUAGAAUGAUUCAUUCCUUCACUCUAAAAAGGGAAAAUCACACCAGUGGCCAAAGAUGUGACGUGGAGUUCUGUGUCUUGUCUUGUGGCUUCAUG